AUACUUUGGCAGUUGAACUUCCCACCAGUCCCACCUACAUCUUUAUUGCUUCUCCGAUCUGCCUAGUCUCCUCUAUAAACCCACAAAAAUACUUGCUUUGAACCUUCAAUUCUCAUUAAUGGCGGGCUUUUUGUCAGUCCUCAGGCGCCUAUACCUCACCAUUUACAACUGGGUAGUCUUCAUUGGCUGGUCUCAAGUUUUGUUUCUUGCUGUUAAAACUUUGAAGGAAUCCGGUCAUCAACAUGUUUAUAAGGCUGUUGAGAAGCCUCUCUUUCUUGCUCAAACCGCCGCCGUUUUGGAGAUUCUUCAUGGUUUAGUGGGAUUGGUGAGGUCUCCAAUAACAGCAACACUGCCACAGAUUGGUUCGAGAUUGUAUGUAACAUGGGGCAUCUUAUAUAGUUUCCCUGAGAUCCGGACUCACUUUCUUGUUAGCUCUUUGGUUAUCAGCUGGUCAAUCACUGAGAUAAUUCGGUAUUCUUUCUUUGGCACAAAGGAGGCUCUUGGUUUUGCACCUUCAUGGCUCAUGUGGCUCAGAUAUAGCACCUUUAUGUUGCUGUAUCCCUCUGGUAUCAGUAGCGAAGUUGGUCUAAUCUAUCUUGCCUUGUCAUACAUUAAGAAAUCUGAGAAGUAUUGCUUAAGGAUGCCCAAUAAGUGGAACUUCUCUUUUGAUUACUUCUAUGCUGCCAUCCUUGUACUCGGAAUCUAUGUCCCAGGUAGUCCACACAUGUACACCUAUAUGCUGGGGCAAAGAAAGAAAGCUCUCUCCAAAUCAAAGCGAGAGUAAAGCGGGAACAAAAUAUUUCUAACAUCAUACCUUUGGCUUUUCAUUACUUAAUCCUUGUGGUGAGAUAUUUUAUUCUGGAGACGUUUUACGUCUGUGUGCAUUGUACGGCAUCAUCAAGCCAAUAAAUACUUGUUAAGUGUUUAUGAUAGGGUGUCUAUUGUUAUCCAAUCUUCCUGUUUAGGUCAGGAAAUUUAUGGUUAGAGAGAUAAUUACCAAUUAUUUAGCUUAAAUGACGGAAUGAAGAUGAAUAGUGUCGGUUUAUUAAAGAAAUUCAGUCCCCACAUUUGUUCUGUACUGCCUCUUUCUAUCUCUGUUCUUUCAGUUUAAUCAUAUUCAUUAGUAAGGAUUUCAAAAGGCCAUGUGUAGUUUCAAUAGCUCAAGUAGUUAAACCAGCAAAAAAGGAUUAAGUGCAACUUUUAUCAUCCCUCAGCUAGUAGUUGCGUAUAUAAUAAAAAAAUUAUUACAAAAUUGAUAAUUUUUUAUCAUUAGUGCCUGUUUGUGUUCUCUGUUUCUUUGAUUCUUCCAAAUGGUUUCAUCCUGCAUCUUUUUAGGUAGAAGACUUGGCAAGAAAACUCAAACAAGCUACAUGUACAAUUCUGUGAAAGUUUUGAAUGAUAAGUAAAACAAAAGAAAUAAAAUGCAGAACUCAAAGUUCUUGUAGCUGUGUUCAUCCAACCUGUGAAUCACUGAACUUCAUAAUUAUUCGGUGGAUGCACUGGCAGCACUUAAAUCCACAGUCAGGUCGAGUGUCUGAUGCAAAACAUAAACAAAUUAGUGGUAAUUCAUUGGAAAAUGAAUUCUACAACAGACUUUCUAAUUUGUUUACCUUUCCAGUUAUUUUGCUAUACAUGUCAAUCACAUCUUGCACAGUAGUCUCGAAGUGUGUCGUUGCAUCAUAACUCUGCAUUGACAUUCCGUUGAGCUUAGUUAUUAUUUAAAUUACAAGUAUGACUCAGCAUAAUUUAGAGAGCUGAAUUGUUUAGAUAUACUUACUGUGGAAAUGAAACAGUUAUCAGCGUCAUCCUGAUUAGUGGGUUCAUAUCUGUCGUAAGUUUCGAAAAAUAUUUCAUCCACAGGUCCAAGAAGAUCAAUGCCUGGCUUCAGUUCUGUUUGAGGAUCAUCAGUCUCUGCUGCUGUUGUAACAAACGCAAUAUAUUUUCCUUUCGGAGCUACAUUGUGAGUGCAGGAGCAGCUAAAUAGGUACCUGUGGUAGUUAUAAUUAUCAAGUUAAGUUCAUAAAAUUGAAUUUGUCACAACUCAUAACAUCCGAGUGCAGUGUUGUGUAUACAUAAAAACACUUUUCAAAUGUUAAUGCAGCAAUCUGUGUUCGUGCA